AUGCCAAGCGGCAUCGAGGCCCGCCUCGCCGCCCGCAACAACCAAUACACGAAAUCGACCUCAGGCCUGGCCCCCAAGCACCUCCAAGCAAAUCUCAUCAUCCUGCCUUCCCGCUACGCCGACGACUUUCGCGAUCUCUGCGCGCGCAACCCCGUCCCUUGCCCCCUGAUUGCGGAAUCGCGGGCCCCCGGGGAUUUCACAAAUCUCAAGUCACACGUCCCCGGCCUCGAUGGCCACCGCAUCGCCCAAGGGCUCGACAUGCGCACAGACUGCCCUCGCUUCAACGUCUACCAGAACGCAAGGCUCGCACAGAACGGCGUCCCAGACAUUCUGCGCCACUGGACCGACGACCACGUCGCCUUUGUCAUCGGAUGCAGCUACAGCUUUGAGUCGGCCCUCGCAGCACAGGGCCUGCCUCCGCGGCACGCCCUCCUGGACCGCAACGUGCCCAUGUACCGGUCCAACAUCCCCCUCAACCCCUCGGGCGUCUUCACGGGCGCAACGUACGUCGUGUCCAUGAGACCGUACCGCAAGGCCGAUAUCGACAGGAUUCGGACCAUAACGAAGCGGUAUCUGCCUACGCACGGCGAGUGCGUGGCCUGGGGGUGGGACGCGCUCGAGAGGCUCGGCAUCAAGGACGUCAACGUGCCACAGUGGGGAGACGCGCCGCUGACCAUGGACGGGCGGCCGUUGGGGGAUGUUGCGGGAGAUGAGGAGAACGUGCCUGUGUUCUGGGGCUGCGGCGUCACGCCGCAGGAGGCUGUCAUGAGGGCCGAUCUCGAGGGGACAGUCAUGGCGCAUGCGCCGGGGCAUAUGCUUGUGCUGGAUUGUAUGGAGGAUGAGGUGCUCAAAUAG